GUAGGAGGAAGCUUAUUUAAGCGUAAAGCGCCGCACUUCCAUCGUGUUCGCGCUUGUUUCAGCUUGUCUUGUCUUGUUUCAGCUUACGGUUUUGUGAAUGCUUCUGUAAAUUCUAGUAAAUUAAAUAAAUUUUGAUGUACAGAGUACAGUAAUUUAUUAGUAAACUAGCGAUCUGUCUGCAGAUUCUUGAAUCAGUAAAGAAGAGGUCGUUUUUUUUAUUCAUUUGUUACCAACGUACGUCUUUACUAGCGUAAAGGAAAAAGAGCAUUUGUAACCGUUAUUACGUUGAUGAUUUGAUCCAUCGGUUAGACCGGUUCAAGUACAAUAUUGAGAGAAAAAGCCAGCAUGACUUCAUCUUCUCAGAAAAUUAUCCAGUCUUUGCAAGCCUGCCUUUUGGAUCGCGAUCCCGUCACUUACGGUGUGUGCCCCAUCCCCGCAAAAGAUUUCGGGCUCUUCUACGGCAAAGGCGACACUGCACGGCAGCUGUAUCUGCACACUGCAACCGACGCUGAGCUGGAGCUUCUUGCGCGUGCCUGUGCAGCGGCCACCUUUGGCAUCAACCAUCAGGACGUUUUUGAUGAGACUUACCGCAAAGCUGGUAAAAUGGACACCGAACAAUUCGCCAGCAAACUCGACUUGGAGAGCGCAGGAAUUUUGACGCGCAUCAAGAAUGACCUGCUGGAUCGCAGCAACUAUGGCAGGCCUGUCAAAUGUGAACUUUACAAGCUGAAUGUAUACGGCGCCGGUGGCUUUUUCAAAGCGCAUAAAGACACUCCACGAGGCGCUAACGUGUUCGGAUCGCUGGUGAUCGUCUUCCCUACGAAACAUAUCGGCGGAGAACUGAUUCUGCGUCACGGCGGAAAAGAGUGGACGUUCGAUUCAGCCAAGGAGUUGGCUGCGGUUACCGAGCCGUCGAUCGGGUACGUCGCCUUCUUCAGCGACGUGGAGCACGAAGUGGCCGUCGUGCAGUCCGGAUAUCGCGUGACGCUGACCUACAACUUGUACUUCGGCGAAACUCCCGCGCUUCCGGAUGCCAUGGUCAACAUUGCCGUCAACCAUGAACAUACCUUCAAGACCGGACUGGCACAGUUGUUAGCUGAUCAGACAUUUUUGCCGAAUGGCGGUUGGAUCGGCUUUGGUUUGCCACACGAAUACCCGGUCAGUGCCAAGACUGAGUUAUGCACGGUAGUGAAAAAUCUGAAGGGCAGCGACGCGCUGGUUAAAAAAGUUUGCGAACAGUUGUCACUGCCCAUCCAACCAAAAAUCCUGACAACGGCAGACGACUACUAUCGCGCCAGUGACGAUGCGUGGAAGGAUUACGAGGAAAACGAGACUGGUGUUGAAGAAAAUGGAAUGGGUGACUCGGGAACAGAAGCCCAGAGCACUGGACAACCCAGAGCAAGCCGCGACAACCCAGAAGUCUUGACAGUGUUAACCGACCAUGUGAUUGACCUUUCGGAAGCGUAUCAGGUGGAAAAUGUUGGUAGUGAAUUGGUGGAGGAAAAGGGAAUUUUGGUGCUUCCUUAUCCAAGUGGUAGAGCUCGUGAAUAUUGGGACGCGAAAAAGGGAGAGAAAAUCAAGUACUCCAUCGACAUUCAGUGGAUCACUCAAGCGACCUCGUACAAUAAUGUGAAAACCGAAUACAUCGCGUAUGGGAAUCAGGCCAGUAUGGGCUACUUGUAUGGAACCGUUUGCCUGAUUGCCGAAGUGGGUCCUGCCGGAAAGCGUACUGAGUAGAGCUCGCAGCAGAACAACAGCACGAUUUGAUAACCGUUUUGUACUUUUCAUAAUUUCGUACGUAAGCUUGCCGAUUUAACUUGCUGACCUGUAAUAAUGAAUUAAUACGCUAUUGAAUGUGCAUAUAGCCAUCAUGUGGACAUACCGCUUUAUUUUUUGCACUCGUUGUCUUUAUUUGGUAUCAAUUGGAAAUGUUCGCCUUUUCCGCGGGCGUACUUUUUGGUACUCUGAUCCUAUUGUCCGGACUAUGUACGCUAUGCCGUAGUGUCCCAAAUGUAAGUGUGAUCAACAGCUUCUAAGCGUUUAGUUGUUGACGUGUAGUAUUCGUGCAUGCAAAUCUGA